AGCAGGGUGCGGUUGCCAGCCGACUGUCCGGUCUUGUAGUCUUGGACGAGGCUCCAUGAGUGCGGAUCCUCUGGUGGGCUACAGCAGCAGCGGUUCCGAGGAUGAGGCCGAGGCCGGGGCGCGGACCAAGCCGGGGUCUGGGGGCCGCCGUCGUGGCCAGAGCCCCCUUCCCAGUCAGAGGUUUCCAGUACCUGACAGUGUGCUGAACAUGUUUCCAGGCUCAGACGAUCGCCCUGAGGAAGAUAGUGCAAAACAUGGGGGACGGAUGCGUACUUUCCCCCAUGAGCGGGGCAACUGGGCCACCCACGUGUAUGUACCAUAUGAAGCCAGGGAGGAGUUCCUGGAUCUGCUUGACAUGUUGCUGCCCCAUGCCCAGACAUACGUCCCCCGGCUGGUAAGGAUGGAGGCGUUCCACCUCAGCCUGUCCCAGAGCGUGGUUCUGCGCCACCACUGGAUCCUGCCCUUCGUGCAGGCUCUGAAAGACCGUGUGGCCUCCUUCCAGAGAUUCUUCUUUACUGCCAACCGGGUAAAAAUUUACACCAAUCAAGAGAAAACCAGGACCUUUGUUGGGCUUGAGGUCACCUCAGGGCAUGCCCAGCUCCUGGACCUGGUUUCAGAAGUGGACAGAGUCAUGGAGGAAUUUGACCUCACCACUUUCUACCAGGACCCUUCAUUCCACAUCAGUCUGGCCUGGUGUGUGGGUGAUGCACGUCUCCAGCUGGAAGGACAGUGCCUGAGGGAACUACAGGAAAUGGUGGAGGAGUUUGAAGACUCAGAGAUGCUGCUGCGUGUGCACGCUGAGCAGGUCCGCUGCAAGUCUGGGAACAAGUUCUUCUCGAUGCCUUUGAACUGAGCACCAGAGGCCUCCUUGUCCUAGGCCUGGCUCUGCAGCCAUGCAGAGAUGAAGGAGCCUGCUAAAAUCAACAGGGGUGCUCCCAGCUUCCUGCCAGGAGGCCGCAGUCAUGCAUUCAGUCUGGCAGGAGGUGUGUCUAGUCCUUUUCAUUCCUGGGGGCUGGUGGUCUCUCUCCAGGAGUUUUUUGAGUUGCAGGUUCAGUGCUGUUGUGUGUGUGGUCAUUCCCAGAAAUUGCCAGUAGAGGGCAACCUGGGGGUGUCCUAAUUCUUGCUCUGUGGAUGUUAGGCAGAAAAAAAAAUAUUGGAGUCACCUGGUGAUCCCACCCACACUCAGCUAAAAUCCCCACUGUAGUCCCUCUGACAAGUAGCCCCUCCCUACCUCCCCCACUUUCCCACCUCAGCAGUUUACUUCGAUGCCACUGUCCAUAGUCCAGUGUCUCAAAGUCAUCAUGCCCUGCUUCAUCCCUCUUCAUGCCAGGACAUGGGGUGCUUCAGUGGGUCUGUCACGCUCCCUCCUUGAAGCGUGUCACUUUUAUUUAUUCACUCUUAAUCUCACCCCCUCCUGUGUCAGCAGAGGCCAUUUCAGGGCCAAGGUACAGGGUGCUAAUUCAUGGUCAGCAUGGGUUUUCUCCAUUCCUUCCUCCUACUCGCCCCAGCCAGGUGCCUGGGGAGACUUGAGCAGAUGUUUCAUAUUGGCCUGGCUGGUGGCUGAAAGCCAGGCCUCCAACGCUCUGUGACCUCUGGCCUCCCCAUCAGCUUUCCCAAAGAAGCAGGCGCCUUCUCCGCUCACAGUUCUCCUGCUGCUGCCUCCUCCUGCCUGCUGUGGCCUGCAGGCAUUCUGAGGACAAACAUGGAGGGAGGGCCGGCUGCACAGGAUUUGUAUUUUUCAUCAAGCUCUCAGGAGGGUGAAGGACCAGCCCUCUCUAGUUGUCAUCUGGAUUUCUGGUAAUGGAUGAAGAAAAAAAUUUUUUUUGAUGGCUGGCUGGUGCAGGUGCGGGGAUCCAAACCCUUGACUUUAGUGUUAUGUAACAUCUUGCUCGAACCAACUGAACUAACCAGCCAACCUGAGAAAUAUUUUUAUGUCAUAAUUUUAAAUUAUGUUCAGCAAAUAAAAAUUGCAUUUUC